CUCCGGCAUCCUCAUCACCCACCGCCGCCGCCGACGCACCAAGAGCGACCGUUCGAGAGCACGCGCAUUUCGGAGAGGGUUUGAGUGGGAGUGAGACCGAGUGAUGGCGACGGAGGAAGCUGCUGCGACCGAGGUCCCGGCGACCGAGGUGGAGGCUCCGGCCGCCGCGGAGGCGGAGGCGAAGCCCGCGAAGAAGGCGGCCAAGGCCGUGAAGGAGAAGAAGGCAAAGGAGCCCAAGGCCAAGAAGGCCGCCGCCCCGAGGAAGCCGGCAGCCCACCCGCCGUACGCCGAGAUGAUCAUCGAGGCGAUUGCGGCGCUGAAGGAGAGGACCGGGUCGAGCUCGGUGGCCAUCGGCAAGUACGUGGAGGAGAAGCACAGCGGGAAGCUGCCGCCCAACUUCCGCAAGCAGCUCGCCGUGCAGCUGAAGAAGCUCGCCGCCGCUGGGAAGCUGACCAGGGUCAAGAACUCCUUCAAGCUACCCGCCGCUGCCGACGCCAAGCCGAAGCCCGUCGCCGCCGCCAAGCCGAAGCCCAAGGCCGCCGCCAAGCCCAAGGCGUCCCCGAAGGCCAAGGCCAAGACCGCUGCCAAGCCCAAGGCGGCGUCCCCCAAGGCGAAGGCCAAGACUGCGGCCCCGAAGCCCAGGGGCCGCCCCCCGAAGGCUGCCAAGACCUCCGCCAAGGACUCGCCGGCCAAGAAGCCCGCGGCUGCAGCCAAGAAGAAGGCCGCGGCGGCGCCCAAGAAGCCCGGGACCCCCAAGAAGGCGGCCGCCGCGCCGUCCAGGAAGGGCGCGGCGAGGAAGGCCAAGAAGUAGACACCCACCGACGCCGGCGACCCUCCCUUCCCCGCCCUUCGCCUAUAGAUGCUCCCUUCCUUUUUGAUCCAUCCAUAGCGUUCUCAGAUGGAACCAUGCCUAGCUCUAGAUUUGUCAGUAGCAUCAGCGGCAGUAGUCAUCUGUAAAAACUUGAGAUGUCGAUCGCGCCUCCCAAGCUCGUCGUCAUGCUCCUCCUGCUCGCCUGUAUGAUGAACAAGUUAUAAUAGUAUGUUAUGCUCCUGGGUUUGCUACCCUAA